CCUCGACCGGCUAAUUAGAAAAAACGACAAAAACAAUAAAGUAGAGAUAGUGCCGUCAAUCACUUUUGCUCUCAGACAAAGAUUCUAAUCUGAGGAGAUGUGGUCAAGGUAGAUAAAUCGCUUACCUCACUCAACAUCGACCUCACGUCUCAAUAAAAAAAGAUUAAGCUUUUUUUUUUUUGCUCUUCUCUAGCUGCUUCUACAAUGGCGGUAUUGAUUGGGGGUCUUCCAUGGUGUGAGGUUGAACUGAAUCUGAGCUCUAAAUGCUUCCAGAGAACGGCCAUAGAUCUUGUAAAUCUACUGUUCCUCUGCUUCUUCUACUUGCUCUUGGUAGCUGGUUGUGUAUCCAAGCGUUUUACUGUUGGUAGCCGCAAGAAAGGUUGGACCUUUGUUGCUGCAGCUAUAUGCUGUGCUGUCACUAGCAUUAUUCUUCUUGGUGCUGGAUUGAAGAAUCUGAUUGAUGAUGAAGACUCAUGGGUGGCUUGCUUUGUUGAAGGGAUCAUUUGGGUCUCACUCACGGUUUCCCUGCUUGUUAAUGGCUCCAAAUGGAUCAAGAUUCUCGCAUCUGUUUGGUGGGUGUCUUUUGCUUUGCUGGAUUCAGCAGCGAAGAUCCAGAUACUUUCCCAAGGGAAAAGCAUCAUAAUGUUUGACAUCAUCACCUGGCCGAUAAGCCUUUUGCUUCUUCUUUGCUCCUGGAUGAAUCUGAGAUCUUCUCCGGAAGCUCAAGAUUACAUCAAAACUGGUCUUUCUGAUCCUCUGUUGUCUGAAAAUCCAAAGAAAAACAAGUUAGCAACAACAGGGUUUUUCAGCUUUCUAUCUUUCUCCUGGAUGAAUCCUUUGCUCUCGUUAGGCUUCAAGAAACCACUAACCCCAGAGGAUAUCCCAAGCGUUGUCCCGGAGGAUGAGGCUGAGUUAGCUUACACUAAAUUCUCCAAAGCAUGGGAUGCUCUUCUUCUCUCAGAGGGAGGAGGAGACAAGGAAAGAAACUUGGUGUUGAGAGCCGUUGCAAAAGUUUAUUUCAAGGAGAACAUACUCACAACAGCUUGUGCACUCUUCCGAACAAUAGCUGUAGUAUCUCUUCCACUAAUGCUAUACGUCUUUGUGGAUUAUGCAAACAGUGACCACAGGGAUCUCCGCACCGGUUUCUUCAACUUAGCUUGUCUGGUUAUGCUCAAGCUCGUUGAGUCCUUAUCAAUGAGGCACUGGUACUUUGCAGCGAGAAGAUCAGGGAUGAGGAUUAUAUCAGCGCUAAUGGUCGCUGCAUACAGAAAGCAGCUGAAGCUAUCAAGCUUAGGGAGGAAAAGGCAUUCGUCUGGAGAGAUUGUGAACUACAUAACCGUGGAUGCGUAUCGAAUGGGAGAGUUCUUGUGGUGGUUCCACACAGGAUGGAGCCUCACGCUGCAGCUUUUUCUUUCCACAGCUGUGCUUUUUGGAGUAGUUGGAGCAGGAGCUGUCCCGGGUUUGAUUCUUCUUCUCCUCUGCGGUCUUCUUAAUCUCCCGUUUGCGAAGAUGCUGCAGAACUGCCAGACACAGUUCAUGGUCGCGCAGGACAAAAGAUUGAGGUCCACUUCGGAGAUUCUGAACAGUAUGAAAGUCAUUAAGCUGCAGUCGUGGGAAGAGGAGUUCAAGAAACAGAUAGAGUCUUGCCGUGAUGAGGAGUUCAAAUGGUUGGCUAAGGCUCAGCUGACGAAGGCCUUUGGUACUUUCUUGUAUUGGAUGUCUCCAACAAUAGUUUCUUCUGUUAUCUUUGUUGGGUGUGCUUUAAUGAACAGCGCUCCGCUGAACGCAAGCACCGUCUUCACGGUUUUAGCUACACUGAGAAUUAUGUCAGAGCCGGUUAGAGUUAUACCUGAGGCGAUAUCUUCUGUCAUACAAGUCAACGUCUCUUUUGAUAGGAUCAACAACUUCUUGCUUGAUGACGAGCUCAAGAUUGACGAGAUUGAAAGAAGUGGUGUUGAGAAAUCUGAAACAACAGUUGAUAUACAAGCAGGAAACUUCAGCUGGGAUCCAGAAACUAAGAAUCCAACUCUUGGAAAUAUAAGUUUGGAAAUCAAGAAUGGGCAAAAAGUUGCGGUUUGUGGACCAGUUGGUGCAGGUAAAUCAUCGCUGUUGCAUGCAGUGCUCGGAGAAAUACCUAAAGUUUCUGGAACUGUAAAGGUCUCUGGGUCCAUCGCUUAUGUGUCUCAGACAUCUUGGAUCCAGAGUGGUACCAUUAGAGAUAACAUCCUCUAUGGGAAGCCUAUGGAAACUAGAAGAUAUAAUGCAGCUAUUAAAGUGUGUGCGUUGGAUAAGGACAUAAAUGAUUUUGGACACGGUGACCUCACAGAGAUAGGAUAGAGAGGGCUUAACUUGAGCGGAGGACAAAAGCAAAGGAUCCAGCUGGCACGUGCUCUCUAUGCAGAUGCUGAUGUUUACCUCCUUGAUGAUCCUUUUAGUGCUGUUGAUGCACAUACCGCUGGAGUUCUUUUUCAUAAAUGUGUUAAAGAGUCUCUGAGGGAGAAAACUGUCAUUCUAGUCACUCACCAAGUAGAGUUUCUCUCAGAAGUUGAUCAAAUUCUGGUUAUGGAAGAAGGAAGAAUCACUCAGUUAGGAAAGUAUGAGGAGCUCUUAAUGAUGGGAACUGCAUUCAAACAGCUGGUGAAUGCUCACAAUGAUGCGGUAACUGUGUUACCUUUAGCUAGUAACGAAAGCCUGGGAGAUCUUACAAAAGUGGGUAGAGAAAGAGAGAUAGGAAACAUCCACGUUGUAGAGAAAAUAGAAGAAGAGAUCACAACAACUAAUCUUCCAGGGGCACAGCUUACACAGGAAGAAGAAAAAGAGGCGGGCUAUGUUGGGUUGAAACCUUUCUUGGACUAUAUAAAUGUCUCCAGAGGAUGGUGUCUUCUAUGGUCAAGCGUAUUGGGUCAGGUUGGCUUCGUAGUUUUUCAGGCCGCAUCAACAUACUGGCUGGCUUAUGGCAUUGGGAUCCCAAAACUCACUGCAACAAUGCUUAUUGGAGUCUAUAGCGUUAUCUCAACUCUGAGUGCUGGUUUUGUGUAUGCGAGAGCUGUCACCGCUGCCCAUCUUGGACUGAAAGCUUCUAAAGCUUUCUUCUCUGGUUUCACAAAUGCAGUCUUCAAAGCCCCCAUGCUUUUCUUUGAUUCUACUCCAGUUGGACGCAUUCUCACCCGAGCAUCAUCUGAUUUGAACGUUUUGGACUAUGACAUUCCAUUUGCGUUCAUAUUUGUGGUAUCACCUGCUGUCGAGCUCACUGCAGCUCUAAUCGUCAUGACAUAUGUGACAUGGCAAGUUAUCAUCAUUGCUCUUCUUGCUUUAGCGGCCACGAGAGUUGUUCAGGAGUACUAUUUAGCCUCUGCAAGGGAGUUGAUUAGGAUCAAUGGAACAACGAAAGCUCCGGUGAUGAAUUAUGCUGCAGAAACCUCACUUGGAGUGGUGACAAUAAGAGCUUUUGGAACUGCAGAGAGAUUCUAUAAAAGCUACCUAAACCUGGUGGAUGCAGAUGCUGUGCUGUUCUUUCUUUCUAACGCAGCCAUGGAGUGGGUGAUUCUGAGGAUAGAGACUCUGCAGAAUGUGACUUUAUUCACUUGUGCACUUCUGCUUAUCCUUAUUCCCAAGGGCUACAUAGCUCCAGGUCUAGUUGGGCUUUCACUAUCCUAUGCAUUAACAUUGACACAAACUCAGGUGUUUCUGACCAGAUGGUAUUGUACCUUAUCGAAUUCAAUCAUAUCGGUAGAGAGGAUAAAACAGUAUAUGAGCAUCCCAGCUGAACCUCCUGCAGUUGUGGAUGAUAAAAGACCACCUUCAUCAUGGCCUUCCAGUGGUACCAUCCACUUGCAGGAACUUAAGAUAAGAUACCGCCCAAAUGCUCCUUUGGUUCUCAAGGGAAUCUCUUGCACAUUCAGGGAAGGGACAAGAGUUGGAGUUGUGGGGAGAACGGGAAGUGGGAAAAGCACAUUGAUCAGUGCUUUGUUUCGGUUGGUAGAACCAGCAAGUGGUUGUAUAUUGAUAGAUGGUAUUGACAUAAGUAAGAUUGGUUUAAAAGACCUGAGGAUGAAACUGAGCAUCAUUCCUCAAGAGCCAACUCUCUUCUGUGGCUGCAUAAGGACCAACCUUGAUCCUUUAGGUGUUUACUCCGACGAUGAAAUAUGGACAGCUCUUGAGAAGUGUCAGCUUAAGGCCACGAUUAGCAAUCUACCAAACAAACUUGAUUCUUCAGUGAGUGAUGAAGGAGAGAACUGGAGCGUGGGACAGAGGCAGCUGUUCUGUCUUGGAAGAGUAUUGCUGAAGAGAAACAAAAUAUUGGUGCUGGACGAAGCUACGGCUUCCAUAGAUUCAGCCACUGAUGCAAUCAUCCAGAGAAUCAUAAGAGAGGAGUUCGCAGAUUGCACGGUGGUAACCGUUGCACAUAGAGUACCAACGGUCAUAGAUAGCGACAUGGUCAUGGUUCUCUCCUUUGGUGAUCUGGUGGAAUAUAAGGAGCCUUCAAAGCUGAUGGAGACUGAUUCUUACUUCUCCAAGCUCGUUGCUGAGUAUUGGGCAAGUUGCAGAGGAAACUCUUCUCAGAAUCUACAAGUUCACAUCUAAACUAUAUCGUUUAAGUCUAUGGAAAGAAAGAUCAUUUCAUAAAACCCAUCAAGGAAAAUUAUUCAUAAGUUUUUUCGAUGUAGUUCACCAAACUCUCUGAUUGAAUCAGAUAUUACCGUUUCACCGGCAAUGUUCUUUAUAGUGGAACACUGAUCAUAUU